AUGCAUUGUCUCGCUUUGGUCAUCUCGCUUAUACCCAUAGUAACAACAGUUGAUGUUCAAAAAAAUAACAGUCUGAAAAAAACAUAUUUUGGGAGGAGGUUGCGUUUCAAUGUACAUAAAACGCUAUCUUUGGGAAUCGGCCGAACGCCCAACUUCAAAGAAAGACUGAUCAGAGAAGAGGAACUAUUUAGGUCAAACCCCCCGCAAAAUUGCGAGUUAAUUACCACUAGUAGGAAUCUCAGAAUAUGGCUUGUAAGAAUUACUGGCUUGGAAGGCACAAUAUAUGAGGGAGAGCCUUACACACUGAAGAUUAUAUUUCCUAAUGACUACCCACUAAAACCACCAAUUAUGUACUUUUUGAAACCAACACCCACACAUGAACACGUAUACUCAAAUGGUGAUAUAUGUUUAAGUGCCUUGGGGACUGACUACGCACCAAAUGCUUCUGUUUCAAGUUUAAUUCUAUCGCUUGUGUCAAUGUUAUCUUCGGCAAAGGAGAAAAGGCGACCACCAGAUGACCAGUUGCACGCUCAGAUGCCACCUGGAGAAUCUGACGCUUCAUAUGUAUACCACGAUGAUAAGUGCUAA